ACGCUAGUUGACCGUUACGCCCAACGCGGAGGUUGUGAUCUGAAAAUCCCUUCUCUGCUUAGACUUUUAAACCGGAAGGAAGUAGUUUUAAAAUACAAACCUCUUAAAGAAAAUGGCGGAAGUCGUGGAGUUGCGGAAGCUGAAGCUGGCUGAGCUGAAGCAAGAAUGUGUUGCUCGAGGUCUUAAUGCCAAAGGAAAUAAAGCUGACCUGAUCACCCGGCUGCAGGCUUACCUGGAAGAGCACGAAGAAGAAAAUGAAGAGGAUGUACUGGGAGUGUAUGGAGAGGAAGCCUUUGCCAAAGAAGAGAGCGCAGCCCAGAGCCAAGAGUGUACUGUACCUGAAACGGUGACUGAGAAGAAAGUGGUGAAGAUUAAAAUACCUGCUGCAACUGAUGAGAGAUUUCAGAAGAGAGCAGAGCGCUUCAAUAUGCCACCAAAUGUGGACAGCAAAAAGGCUGCACGUGCAGCAAGGUUUGGGCUGACAGUGCCUGAAUCUUCCAAAGGAACUUCAGCCAUUCCCAAAGUGGCCGUUGAGGUGUUAAAGAAGAGGGCAGAACGGUUUGGCAUGAAUGUUUCCUCAGUUUCUAAAAAGUUUGAGGAUGAUGAAAAGCUGAAGAAGAGAAAAGAGAGAUUUGGCAUUCUCACAAGUGCAGCCUCUACUGGAGCGGAUGAUUCAGAGGCAAAGAAGCGUAAACGUGCUGAGCGGUUUGGAAAUGUAUGAAAAUGGAUCUGACCCUAUUUGUACUUUAUAUAUAUAUAUAUAUAUAUAUAUAUAUAUAUAUAUAUAUAUAUAUAUAUAUAUAUAUAUAUAUAUAUAUAUAUAUAU